CAUCCAAAUGUAAUUCAUUUAACAACAUUUAUACGUAUUUUUGUAAUGUGGCAAGACUCUAUAUGGAUUUAUUUACAUUCUGGAGUCUACGAGUUGAUUGAAUCAUCGAAAUGCGGGGAAGGCGUACUAUCGACGGUACCAACUCUUCUGUGGGCAAUAGGAGCGGCAUCGCUGGCCCACCGACUUCUCACAGCACUGUUUCGACGAUUCUUGUUCCGGCGGGUUCCACUCUGGGAGGUCAUGCUGCAGAACCUACUCUUCAUCUGGAUGGUGAUAUACAGUCUCCACUUCUGGGUAGUGUUGGUGAAGGUGAUAAAAUUGCUAGUCGAAUAUUGUUAUGAGGACGAAGACGAAUUGAUGUCAGAGAAAGAUGGUGAUGGUAAAAAGAUAAUGCAGCAAUGGCUGAUUUGGAUGUGUGGUGUGGCACCGCUGGCUGUUUACAUCCACACCAGGCCCAGGCCAGACGUACCGCCGCUUAUGAUAUGGAUCACAACCAGCCCAUGGCAACGUCGUGAAAUGGGACCGUAUGGAUAUUAUCUAAACCGCCCGUUGUCCUCUCUGCAAUCAGAUACAAACAUAACCAAUCGUCAGCCAACGACAUCUAUACGACGAGCAUUUAGCGAUUCUAAGAUAUUGUUAAAAGAAAACACUAAGAAGAAACGAUAUUCAAAAUCUGUAUAAAUAAAAAAAACUA